CCUUUCUCCUCUCAAAAUGUUUUCCAUGCGUGCUUGCUUCUCUCUCUAAGCUGGCACAGUUUUUGGCAGCUAACUCAUUAUGCACAGAAAGCUCUGUUUGUUUUGCAGCUAGUAAAUAAACUGCCAAAGAAGAGUCUGACAAUCUGCAAACGUAAAAACAACUCUUGGUUGUUUACGGCCUUGGUGCUUAUUUCAACAUAAAACCGACCUGGGUUUUGUUUAAAUCUAUGUUUUUGGUUAGUUUUACUGGGUUUUGGCUUCUUGAUCUUGUGGUUGGUAUUCAACUGACCCCACUUGGGUACGUGAAGUCUGGCAGCUUUUUCCUUCAUCAAUUCAAUUGCUUUUCUAUAGCAAACUUGGGUCUCCUUGAGCUGGUUUAUCCUCGAUUCUUUUUGCUGAGUUUUACCGUGUAUGUGUUCAAAUUUUGGUGUUAUACCAGUAUUAUUUAGUUUCGAAGAAUUCGAGUUUGGAAUCGUUACUGUUGUGCCUGCUUUCAGUUUAUCUUGUGUGGGUUUUAGUUUUAGCUUAAGCCUUUCUGUUUUGAUCGCUUUUUCUAGAUUUAGUGGCCAUCAAUUUUUCAGAUGGAUUGAGUACUAUAAAGUGAAGUAGAGAUGAUUUGAACUUCGUAUAUCGCUUUCAGUCUCUCUUUUACUAUAUAGGUUCGAAAGUUUUCUGCUCUUGUUCUAGUGGAAAUUUUUGCUAGGUUGAAUCUUGCUUCUCCGUUGAAUUAGGGAUGCUUUUGGGAGUGAAAAUUAAAUAUUUGGAACUUGGUCUUUUGGUGAAGCUUAUUCAUUUUAUUUCAAGUUCAGUUCUUUUUAAUCGGAAAAAAAUUUGUUUUGGUAGGAAUUUCUGGGUUUCCUUCUAGUUAGGGGAAUAGUUGAGUCAGAUAGAUAGAGUUGGGGGUGAAAGGCUGAAAAUCAUUUUGAAUUGAGAUUGAAAAUGGAAUCAAGAGUCGAGAUUGAUGAAGACAGUGAAACCAACAAAGGCAGCAUGUGGGUUUUGGAUCAAAAGCUUGAUCAGCCUAUGGAUGAAGAGGCCGGGAGGCUUAGGAAUAUGUACAGAGAAAAGAAAUUUUCUGUGAUAUUGCUACUGCGGCUUGCAUUCCAGAGUCUUGGAGUAGUUUAUGGAGACUUGGGCACUUCUCCAUUGUAUGUAUUCUACAAUACAUUUCCUCGGGGAGUUGAAGAUCCAGAGGAUGUGAUUGGAGCUCUUUCCCUGAUUAUAUAUUCCCUCACUCUUAUCCCGCUCCUCAAGUAUGUUUUCAUUGUUUGUAAAGCCAACGACAGUGGUCAAGGUGGAACAUUUGCCCUAUAUUCAUUACUUUGCCGGCAUGCAAAAGUAAAAACAAUUCCCAAUCAGCAUCGCACUGAUGAGGAGCUAACAACAUAUAGUCGUUCUACAUUUCAUGAACAGUCCUUCGCUGCAAAAACCAAGAGGUGGUUAGAAAGACGUGCAUCAAGGAAAAAUGCACUUCUUAUUCUUGUCCUUGUUGGCACUUGCAUGGUGAUUGGUGAUGGUAUUUUAACUCCAGCAAUUUCAGUUCUUUCAGCUGCUGGUGGGAUCAAGGUUGACCAUCCUGGCAUGAGUAAUGGUGUAGUUGUUGUUGUUGCUGUUGUAAUUUUAGUAGGCUUGUUUAGCAUGCAGCACUAUGGUACCGACAGGGUUGGCUGGCUUUUUGCCCCAAUUGUAUUGCUUUGGUUUCUUUUAAUUGGAAGUAUUGGCAUUUUCAACAUUUGGAAACAUGAUAGCAGCGUUUUGAAAGCCUUUUCACCUGUGUAUAUAUAUCGAUACCUUAAAAGAGGAGGGAGAGAUAGUUGGACUUCACUUGGUGGUAUUAUGCUUAGCAUCACAGGGACAGAGGCACUUUUUGCUGAUCUAGCCCAUUUUCCAGUGUCAGCCAUACAAAUUGCUUUUACAGUAGUAGUAUUUCCUUGCCUUCUUUUAGCCUACAGUGGACAAGCUGCAUAUAUUAUGAAUAACAAGGAACAUGUGGCUGAUGCAUUUUACCGUUCUAUUCCAGAGAGUAUAUAUUGGCCAAUGUUUGUUGUUGCGACUGCAGCCGCUAUAGUUGCAAGUCAAGCUACCAUCUCUGCAACUUUUUCAAUAAUCAAGCAGGCUCUUGCCCUUGGUUGUUUUCCUAGAGUGAAAGUUGUACAUACAUCAAAGAAGUUCCUUGGUCAGAUAUAUGUUCCAGAUAUUAAUUGGAUCCUUAUGAUUCUUUGCAUUGCUGUGACUGCCGGAUUCAAAAAUCAAAAUCAAAUUGGGAAUGCUUAUGGAACAGCAGUUGUGAUUGUCAUGUUGGUGACCACAUUCCUUAUGAUUCUAAUCAUGAUAUUAGUUUGGCGCUGUCAUUGGAUUCUUGUCCUGAUCUUUACUGCCUUGUCAUUGGUUGUGGAGUGUACAUACUUCUCUGCAGUGCUUUUCAAGGUCGACCAAGGUGGUUGGGUUCCCCUCGUGAUUGCAGCAGCCUUUCUUCUCAUCAUGUACGUAUGGCAUUAUGGUACAGUGAAACGGUACGAGUUUGAGAUGCAUAGCAAGGUUUCAAUGGCUUGGAUCCUUGGGCUUGGCCCCAGCUUAGGACUGGUUCGGGUGCCUGGCAUUGGACUUGUGUACACUGAACUAGCCAGUGGGGUGCCCCACAUUUUUUCUCACUUCAUCACAAAUCUACCAGCCAUACAUUCUGUUGUUGUUUUUGUCUGCGUGAAGUACCUUCCUGUUUACACAGUCCCAGAAGAGGAGAGGUUCCUUGUAAAGCGAAUUGGACCCAAGAAUUUUCACAUGUUCCGCUGCGUGGCAAGAUAUGGGUAUAAAGAUCUCCACAAGAAAGAUGAUGACUUUGAGAAAAAGCUAUUUGACGGCCUCUUCUUAUUCGUGCGGCUGGAAUCCAUGAUGGAGGGAUGUUCGGAUUCUGAUGAAUACAGUUUAUACGGCCAGCAAACUGAGAGAUCCAUGGAUGGCUUACUGAAUAACAAUGGAAAUGCAACUUCUUCCUACGCGGAUACGGUUUCCUCUCUGGACUCGAUUAUACCCUCAAAAUCAGCAGUGCAGGCGAAUAAUACAGUGAAUUCGAGUCAGAUGAGCAGCCACACGGAUGUGGAUGAGUUAGAAUUUUUGAAUAACUGUAGGGAUGCAGGGGUGGUGCACAUACUGGGGAAUACAGUGGUGAGAGCGAGGAGGGAAUCGAGGUUUUACAAGAAGAUAGCGGUUGAUUAUAUAUAUGCAUUUCUUAGGAAAAUAUGUAGGGAGAACAGUGUCAUCUUCAACGUUCCUCAUGAGAGUCUUUUGAAUGUGGGACAGAUAUUCUAUGUAUAAUUUUUUUGAUGCCGUCAUCAAUAAUGAAGUAAUAAAAUAGUCUUGGUUGUUGUCCGAUUGUAAA